UACUACUAGUACUACUUCGUAUCCCAAAUUCGGCCGAGUACUUGAUGACCGGCCCCGGCGCUUCCAAAUCGUAACCCUUCAGUACUGGUUGCUUUCUAAGCGCUCUGUCAUCCGUUAUCUAGUCCAAUGAAUCAUCAUCCCUUGUGAUUUUCAAGCUAAUCGUAGAAUAUGUGCCGACAAGAUUCCCGUGUACGUAUGUCGGCGGAGGAGGAAAGCGCCGCCGAAGAGAGCCUCUCUAUUUACUGCAAGCCCGUAGAGCUCUACAACAUUCUUCAGCGCCGUGCCAUCAGAAACCCUUCUUUUCUUCAGAGAUGUUUGCGCUACAAGAUAGAGGCAAUGCAUAAAAAGAGAAUACAAAUGAAAAUAUCUGUACCUGGGACUGUGAAUGAAAGUUUACAAACUCAAAAUCUGUUUCCUUUGUUCAUUUUUUUGGCGAGACUAGUUUCCGAUGUUGCAGAUGCUGAGUAUUCAGCUGUGUACCGCUUUAGUCGAGUGUGCAUCUUGACCAAUCCAACCGGAGUUGAGAGGAGUACUCAAAUUCAAGCAGCAAAUGUUAUUCUUCCUGAGAUUAAUAAGCUAGCAAUGGAGGCUAAAUCUGGCUCACUUGCUAUCUUGCUUGUCAGCUGGGUUGGGGCCCAAAAUCCUUUGCUCGGAAUCAAUAUAACCAAGGGAUCUUUGGAUAUAACUUCUUUUCUUUCAACUGUUGGAGGAUACUGCUUAUGGGGCAAGCUACCAUUCGAAUCACUUUAUAUGUCGUGGGAAAAUUCUCCAAACUUUAGUUUAGGCCAAAGGGCUGAGAUAAUCUCUACUGUGAAUAUGCAUUCUUGCUUCUUGAAGUUUAGUUGUUUGAAUGAGGACAAAUGCAUCUCAAUUCAACUUCCCUAUAAUCCUGAAACUCUGAGUACAUCGCAGCAAGUGCAAGUAACCAUUUCUGCAGAAGAGAUAGGGGCCCAGGAGAAAUCUCCUUAUAAUUCGUACUUAUGUAGUGACGCUCCUUCAUCACUGUCUCAUAUUAUCCGGCUAAGGGCAGGAAAUGUCAUUUUUAAUUACCGAUACUACGACAAUAAGUUGCAAAGGACAGAAGUAACAGAAGACUUUUCCUGCCCAUUCUGCUUGGUAAAAUGUGCUAGCUUUAAGGGUCUCCGAUUUCACUUGUCUUCAUCACAUGAUCUCUUCAACUUUGAGUUUUGGGUGACUGAAGAGUAUCAAGCUGUAAAUGUGUCUGUGAAAUCUGAUACAUGGAGAUCUGAGGUUGUUGCCGAUGGUGUUGAUCCUAAGCAACAGACAUUCUUCUUUUGCUCAAAGCCACUUAGACGCAGAAGACCAAAGAACCUAGUUCAAAGUGCAAAGCAUGUACAUCCACUUGCCUUGGAGUCAGAUUUGCCAUCAGAAGUCUGUGAGCUUCUAGACAAGGCGGAUGAUGCUUAUUCUAGCCAAGGUGAUAAGGCUCGUUUCUCAGGGAUUUCAAAUGCCGUACCACAAUCACAUGUAGAUCCUGAUUGUGUUCAAUCAAUACUUGGGAACAAUCUUGUGCCCCCUACCAUGCUACAAUUUGCGAAGACGAGAAAGUUAUCUAUUGAACGUUCUGAUCCCAGAAACUGUGCCCUGCUGCGGAAGCGACAGUUCUUUCACUCACAUAGAGCUCAGCUGAUGGCACUGGAGCAAGUAUUAGCAGAUAGGGAUAGUGAGGAUGAAGUUGAUGACGAUGUUGCAGAUUUUGAAGAUCGGAGGAUGCUUGAUGAUUUUGUUGAUGUGACCAAGGAUGAGAAGUUGAUGAUGCACAUGUGGAACUCUUUUGUGAGGAAGCAACGGGUGCUAGCAGAUGGUCAUAUUCCUUGGGCAUGUGAGGCCUUUUCGAGACUGCAUGGACCUGACCUGGUUCGGAACCCUGCCCUGAUCUGGUGUUGGAGAUUAUUCAUGAUCAAGCUAUGGAAUCACGGUCUCCUUGAUGCGCGCACCAUGAACAAUUGUAAUGUUACUCUUGAGCAAUGUCAAAGCCAGGAAUCCCAUCCUAAACCCUAAAGAGAUGGAUUAUGUUUCAAGUCAGCAAAGGACUCAUCACUCAUCACUGAUCGAUGUAUUAAUAUUGGCCAUGAUUGCUACAUUUGCAGCACCUUCUUCAUUUUCAUUUUCUACCCUUUUUUUUCCAAGCACACCAGCUUGUAUCCGAUUAGAAAAGAAAAAUGUACCUUGUAUGAUUUAACUUAAUAGGCAAAUAAAAAUUAUGUACCCAAGUUCGUGA